GAGAAAGCCGAGUGUCAGCAUUUUGGCGUGCAUUACUGAGCUUGAUGUUGAGUGUGUUAAUGCUUACCCCUUUCUCCCAAAAACCCAAUGAAACUAGACUACUUUCUUCACCAAUAUUGAUAAACAGAAAUACCCAAAGCAACAAAGUUGAAGUUUUUGGGUUUGUGUUCAAAGGAAAGUCAUAGUAUUGCCAGUACAAAUAAAACCCUGAUUAAAAAAAAAACAUUUGCCAACAUCUUUGGCUUUUUCUCCAACACUGAAUCUUGUUUGAAUGUUGUUCUUUUUAUAGUUUCUGGUUCUUUUUUGUGGGUUUUCGUGUGUAAAUUUCAUUACUUCCUCCAUUUGACACAAAUUUGUUGCAAUGGUGGUGUAAAAUUCCUGUGAUUUCAGACUUCAACGGUAAUAUAUACAUAUUAUAUAUGUAUAUAUUAUUAGUAUAUGUCAAGUUUGGAACUUGAAGCUUUAAAGGGCCUUAAAAGGUCUUGGUGAUGUGAAUCUUUUAUGUACUUUUUUAAGAGGGGGAAGCAAAGGAACGGGAGUAAUCAGUGAAAAGAGUCUGUUGUUUAUGUCUCCUAAGCCGACCGAGUGCGCCCGGACUCGGUGGGCUUUGCAGUCAACAAAGGAAACAACCUCUUCCAUGGCUCUCUUGCCAUUCAAGAGAACCUUUUCCUAAAUUAUCACUCAAAAUCCCCCAUUUCUCCAGUUAUCUCUCUCUCUCUCUCUUAUUCAGACCCUCCCCUGCCUCGAUUGCUUUCCUAGCAUAUAUCCCUUCCCUUCUUCUGGAUCAGUCUUCGGUCUUUAGAAUCACCGAAAGCUGAUUGAAUUAGGAAAGCUUGGUCCCCACAGCUGGGGCAUUGGUUACCACUUCUGGUAACUUUUCGUUGAGUUGGUGUUAUGUUUCAUUCGUUAUGCAAGUAGCUAGCUGAGUGCCUGGUGUUUGAUUCAUUUGUAAUAGGAUCUUAGUAACCGUUUGAGGUUUUAGAGAGUGAAGGGGUUCUUUUGUUUGCCAAUAUGAAGUUUAUGAAGCUUGGAUCGAAGCCGGAUACAUUUCAGAGCGAUGGGAACAAUGUGAGGUACGUGGCAAAUGAGCUCGCAACCGAUGUCACUGUCACUGUAGGGGAUGUUAAGUUUUAUCUGCACAAGUUUCCUCUUCUGUCAAAAAGUGCAUGCUUGCAAAAGUUGGUUGCAAGUGGUAAUGAGGAAAACAAUGAUGAAGUUCAGAUUUCCGACAUUCCCGGAGGUCCAACUGCCUUUGAGAUAUGUGCCAAAUUUUGUUAUGGCAUGACUGUCACCCUUAAUGGUUACAAUGUUGUCACUGCGCGAUGUGCAGCCGAGUACUUAGGAAUGCAUGAGACCAUUGAAAAAGGGAACCUAAUUUACAAGAUUGACGUCUUCCUCAACUCCAGCAUCUUCCACAGCUGGAAAGAUUCGAUCAUUGUUCUUCAGACCACGAAAUCUAUGUUACCAUUAUCCGAGGAAUUGAAGGUGGAUGGUCUUUGCAUCGAUGCUAUAGCUACCAAGGCUUGCAGUGAUGUUUCCAAGGUUGAUUGGUCCUACACUUAUAACCGGAAGAAGCUCCCAGAGGAAAACGGGAACGAUCCGAACUCUAAUGGUUUCAGAAGCCCUGUGCCAAAGGACUGGUGGGUCAAGGAUUUGUGUGAACUCGAAAUAGAUUUGUAUAAGCGUGUCAUAAUGAAUAUUAAAACAAAAGGAAUACUGUCUCAUGAAGUGAUCGGAGAAGCUUUGAAAGUUUAUUCUUACAGAAGGUUGCCCGGUUUUAGUAAGGGUGUGAUCCAUUCUUGGGAUGUCUUUAAGUAUAGGUCAAUGGUUGAUACAAUUGUUUGGUUGUUGCCUGCGGAGAAAGGAAGUGUAUCUUGCAGUUUCUUGUUGAAGUUAUUGGAAGCAGCCAUCAUUGUUGACUCGGGAGAAAUGGCUCAGGAACAACUGGUAAGGCAAAUAGGACAGCAACUGGAGGAGGCUUCUGUAAACGAUCUUUUGAUACGAGCAGGUGAAGGAGAAGAUGUGAUGUACGAUGUUGAUACGGUAAAGAAAAUGGUGAAAGAGUUUCUGAUGCAAGAUCAGAAUGCUGAAUUCGAAUCCGAAGAAAAUGAGGUCCAGGAGAUACGAAGACCCGGAAUUUUAACCGAUGCUUCCAAGCUGAUGGUGGCAAAAUUGAUAGAUGCUUACCUUGCUGAAAUCGCCAAGGAUCCCAAGUUACCCUUGUCAAAGUUUGUAGACCUAGCUGAAAUGGUGUCUUGCAUCUCUCGACCUUCUCACGAUGGUCUUUACCGAGCCAUUGACAUGUUUCUUAAGGAGCACCCCGGGAUCAGUAAGAGUGAGAGGAAAAGAAUAUGCAAGUUAAUGGACUGCAAGAAACUAUCGGUUGAUGCAUGUAUGCACGCUGUGCAAAACGAGAGGCUCCCGUUGCGUGUAGUUGUGCAGGUUCUGUUUUUCGAGCAGGUAAGGGCUACUACUUCAUCGGGGAGUAGCACUCCUGACUUGCCUAGAGGCCUGAAGGAUCUCAAUAUAAGAUCUCACGGGAGCUCAAGGUCAGCAGCAACCAACCCGGAGGAAGAUUGGGACGCAGUGGCCACAGCCGAGGAACUCAAGGCCCUGAAAGGGGAAAUAGCUGCCUUGAGGAUGGGCAACUGUAUAGGAGGGCGUGAAAGAAAUGGUGGAGAUAGUAGAAAUAGCAUCGACAGAGCCGCUAUUAGUAAAAUGAAAGGUUUACUAAAGUCCAAGAGGAUAUUUUCAAAGAUAUGGUCAAGCAAAGGAAUGCAAGGUGAAAACAGUGGUUCGGAUUCAUCGGAGAGUCUCGGUUCUGUCAAUCCUGAAGAAGCCAAAUCAACACCAUCCAGAAAUAGAAGACAUUCGGUUUCUUAAAGUAAGUGUAAGGAAAACAUGGUAGCAGGCUUUUGGUGUUUGGUUUUAUGGAGCUUUUACUAAAUUCAAGAAUUAGUUUAAUGUUAAUUUAGCUAAAUGAAAGGAUAUAUAUUCAUGAACCAAACCUUGCUGACACUUCACAAUGCUGUAAGGAAAAA